UUGCCACGUUUCACUAAAUGACGUAAUCCCUCUCCGGGCUUGACAGGUCGUUGUUGCAGUAACGACAUUCACUCAGUGAGAGGGUAAUCCAGAUAUCCACACGCAUCUCCUGUUUAUUCGCUUUAACAGUCUGAUUUCAAAGACAGGGUAUCCGAAAAACUAAGUCGCGUAUUUUGUGUUAUUCUUGACUUGGCUAACCAGCUGGCUAAUGUUAGCUGUUUCCUGGUUGGAGUUGCAGCCAUUUUGGAUUUUUACAGAGAAACAGCUAGCCGGUCGUGGCUUUGGGAGUAGUGUAAGCUAGCCACCGCUCCCGUUUUCAUCACUAAACACUGCUGUUUAUCUACAGUCAAGCAAAGGGAGACGUUUCACGAGGGGGGAUACACUAUAGAACGAGUCAACAAUGAAUCCCGAAUAUGACUAUUUAUUCAAGCUGCUCCUGAUUGGUGACUCUGGUGUUGGAAAGUCUUGCCUUCUUCUCCGGUUUGCAGAUGACACAUACACAGAAAGUUACAUUAGCACUAUUGGUGUGGACUUCAAAAUACGAACCAUAGAACUAGAUGGAAAGACCAUUAAACUUCAGAUUUGGGAUACGGCGGGUCAGGAGAGGUUUCGUACAAUCACAUCCAGCUACUACAGAGGUGCUCAUGGUAUCAUUGUAGUGUACGAUGUCACAGACCAGGAGUCCUUCAACAAUGUCAAACAGUGGCUACAGGAGAUUGACCGCUACGCCAGUGAAAAUGUCAACAAGCUAUUGGUUGGGAACAAGUGUGACCUGACGACAAAGAAGGUGGUGGAUUACACAACAGCAAAGGAGUUUGCAGACUCUCUGGGCAUUCCCUUUUUGGAAACCAGCGCCAAGAAUGCCACCAAUGUGGAGCAGGCCUUCAUGACCAUGGCUGCUGAAAUCAAGAAGAGGAUGGGCCCCGGGGCCACAGCCGGAGGAGGGGAGAAGCCCAACGUGAAGCUGACCCCCGGCACCACUGUCAAGCCUUCAUCAGGAGGAUGCUGCUGAAAGAGAAACCACUUACACUUUGCCCCCUCAUCCCGCCCUCCUCCUCGUCUGCAGGCCCAUCAGCCUGGCCGCCAUCCCCCUCCAACUCCACUGUGUCCCAGCAAAGCCCCCACCACAAGUAGACAGGACAGGGGAGACAUGGUUCACAUGUCUAUGUGAGAACAAGAUGAAGUUGCCUGUAUUUGUACUGUACAUAGUAUAGCCGCACUACCAAAAACAAAUAAAGCAUCCUUCUCGUCAUACUGUCCUGUUAUUGAUGACUAAUUCUACAGAUAGGUGAUCAUUCAACUCGGCCCUGACUCCCCAUCACCCCCGAUCUCAGACCUCUCAGAGACUAUUCUUUUAUUUGGCCCUCUGAAUGCAGGUUCAUGAGAAGUGUGUGUGUGUGUCUGUGUGUGUGUCUGUGUGUCUGUCUGUGUGUGUGUCUGUGUGUCUGUGUUUCUCUGCAUUCCUUCAGCGGGGUUGGUAAAUUAAUCAGUUUCAUUAAGGUUUCUGUUUGUAUGGACCUUUUCUGUUUCUUUUUUUCCUUCAAUGAUUAUUUUUGCUGUUUCUGUCAGCAUGUGUCUGUCUGUCUUUUCAGUCUGUCCCCAUUUGAAGGUGUUUUUUAUUUUUCUCACCAACCUCUGCACUGCAGUGUCUCACUGUCCAGCAUCUUAAAGUCCAGUGCAACAAUAUAUGUAUAUGUACAUAAAGAUUAUGUACAUAAAUAUAUAAAAUCUGAUUGCCAGUUCUGUAGUGUUCAGUUACUUCUUGGGAUAGUCUUGACUCUUUAUCUCUGCAUUAAAUUUGUGGCUGAAGACAACUGUAAGUUUGUUGCUCAACAUGUAACACUUAAACUGAAAAUAAAUAUUGUACGACCAGACUGUAUGAAAUGGAAGGACCUGUCUGCAAUUCUUGGUGAGAUGUGUAGAAAACCUGUUUGAAUUAUUUAUUCUACAUUCAUUUGGCAUAUCUACUGCCAGUUACAUAGGGUCUGUUUGCAAAUUGCUGUGUAAUCUCAGUACAGAAUUGCAUAUAUAAAAAUACAAUGUUCUCUUGUUUUCAUAAUAAAGGCAACUGAAUUCAGUUUGAAAGGAA